AUGAGUGGUCUAAUAGAGAGCAUUAAGGCCCACUGGAGUCGAGUACCCUGCGGCGGUUGUGGCAGCGUCUACCCCAAACUGUGUUUCUCCGUCAGAGAUCAACGAUGCGCCAAUCGCAAAGAGGUGCUUACCAUCGCUGCGGACUGCGAAGUGGCAAUAGCUGAAAGAGAAAACAUCAACGAUCGGGUGGAAGCUUUCAAGCAGGACGAGGAUCGUCUGCACGAGACGCUGGCCCGCGAGGACGUCUACAUCAAGUCUCUUGAAGUCGCACUUGAGGAAGCGCGGAAUCGCCGUAGGAAAACGUGUGAAGAACAUAAUACCCGCUGGGCCGACUUUACAAAAAACUUCGACGGCCACCGAGACAUGAUCAACAAGUCUGGUCAUUUGGUUAAUCGGUUGCAUGAAGCCAUGGGGAGGAUGUAUGCCCUUAACCCUAGACGCUUUACGGACCACAGCCUGGAGGAUCACGACCGGUCUGAAGAGAAUAAGGAAAAUAUCGGGCCUCGAUGGGAGAUUUGCAGUAUUACUCCGUCCACCUACCUCGCAAGUGACGACAUGCGGCCGAGUGGGGGUGAAUCGGCUUGCAUGACGCGCAAUCUGAAAUUGAUCGAGGAGUUGGUGUCAGCGGUAGUGACCACACAUUUUCAUCGGCGAGAAGACCACGGAGACAAGAGUGUUGCGGUCAACGGCAUCGGUACCGACCGUACGAUCGUCGAGGUUGACAAUUGCUCCGGAGUAGCUGAGCCUCCUUCCCGUGGAUCAUGGCACAUACACAUCUAA